UCAAGUCGACGACACUAUGGUUGUGUAACAUACAACAGCAGAGCCAGCCCCAGUUUACUUACGCUGUGAAUAAAACCGACAGCGACUUGCAAUGGCAACACGCUGGGGAAUAUGCAGUGCAGGUAAAAUUAGUCACGACUUCUCGGUCGCUUUACGGACCCUGAAUCCCGAGGACCACGAGAUUGUAGCUGUUGCAGCCAGGAAGCUGCAGGAUGCUCAAGAGUUUGCCAAAAAGCACAAUAUCCCUAGAUCAUAUGGAAGUUAUGAGGAGUUGGCAAAAGAUCCAGACAUUGAUGUGGUGUACGUUGGCACCAUCCAUCCUUACCACCUAAGCACUGGCAGGCUCUUCAUGAAGUCUAAAAAGCAUGUGCUCAUUGAGAAGCCCCUGGCCAUGAAUUCAGGGGAGGUGCAGGAACUCAUCACGGCAGCGCGAGACAACAGUGUCUUUCUCAUGGAGGCAAUUUGGACACGUUUUUUUCCCGUAUCCCUGGAGGUGAAGAAACUGUUGCAUCAAGGGGAAGUAGGUGAAGUUCAGAUGGUGAGGGCUGAUCUGGGGGCUCCGCUCACUCACAUCCCCCGCCUGGCUGAGAAGAAGCUUGGAGGGGGGGCACUGCUGGACCUGGGUAUCUACUGUCUGCAGUUUAUCUUCAUGGUUUUUAAUGGCGAGAGACCUGAGUCCAUCCAAGCCACAGGGCAUUGCAUAGACACAGGUGUUGAUGGAACUACAGUUUUGGUCCUGAAGUUCUCAGGAAACAGACUAGCCAUCUGCACUUGUUCCAUCACCAUGAUGCUGACCUGUGACGCGGUUAUCACUGGGACCAAAGGCACCAUUAAGGUACCCCACCAUAUGUGGUGCCCCACAACAUUGGAGGUAAAUGGGAAAGAGAUGCAAUUCCCCCUGCCAGAGGCUGGCAUGCCACUAAACUUCACCAACAGUGCUGGUCUACGAUAUGAGGCUGAGGAGGUCCGCCGCUGUCUGCUGAAAGGACUAAAGGAGAGUCCAGGGAUGCCAUGGGCUCACUCCAGCCUGUUAGCAGAAGUUAUAGACGACGCCAGAAGACAACUGGGGGUGACAUAUGACCAGGACAAUAUCUAGUGAUAUGCUCUUAGUGACAACCAGUGAGCAGACCUUUACCUCAACAUGCAGAAUGUUGGAAUGUGUCUGUAUUUACAGACUGUAUUUUUUACAUCUGCACUUUUCCUUCGGUUACAUGUCAAGUUAUCUUCUCUGAAAACAACCUAUUACUACUGUAAUACCAACCUCUUUCAUUUAAUGUUUUGAUAUUUGUUUUUUUCAGUUUUAGGUUUUUUGUGCAUAUUUCAUUUUUCAGUUUUGAGUCUUGGAUG